CGCUCCGGUUUGGUGGCGUCCAGUGUUUCGUGUUUAUCGCAUCGAUAAGUCGUCUUAUAAAAUCUCAGUUUUUUAAUUUGCAAUUCGUGCAAAUGUGUGAAACGAUGUGUAAAGUGCGUUAAUACAUCCCUAGUGCGUUAAUGGCUCAUUUUGCGCCUUACUUCCCUUUACUUCACCUCUAUUGAUCCGCUUUGGAUGGGCUUUGGUUACGUCGUCGGUGUUUUGAGGCGAUUUGAUCGAAUUAUCGCCACGUUGGAGUAAAAUGAGAGCGGAUGACGAACCCAACCUGGAGGACUUCUACACCCUCCGGAGAUGAAAUUCAGUUCGGUGAUGGUCAUUUUGUAUCUACUGUGGCCCAUAGAAGGGCAGAGAUUGGUGCCGCCGAGGAGUUAUCAUUCGGAUGAUGAUGAUGAUGACGAGGUUCGGCAUGCUCUUGAUCAUGAUGAUGAAGAGGAUGGGAAUAAUUCAACAGACAAAGGACUCUAUGUGGGAGCUCCGUGCGAAAUCGUAUGUAACUCGAAACUACUCCACGUCUACUGCAACCCCAUCACGGGGGUGUGCGAGUGCGAGAAGAACUACCCCGUCAAGCUCAACCCGUAUACAGGAUGUGGAAAACCGAAAAGGUUGGGAGAGCAGUGCUACUACCGGGAGACCUGUCAAUACACCGAUGUCCAUUCGGCCUGUGUCCAGGUCCACCAUAACGCCAUUUGCCAAUGCCAAGAUGGCUACCAUUCCGUUUCAAUUCAAAAACCGUCGAAAAGGGUUUUUUGUGCCGAAGAUCUGGAGGUAAUGACGACGGAUUUUUCCACAUUUGCCGGAGUUUUAUCCGGAAUUGCAAUCCUAUCCGGAUUGAUUUGCUUCGUAUUGCAUUUAUUUAACCAGAACAUGUAUGGACCAAGACGCCAUCGUUUUGGUAAUGCUAAUUUGGCGCCCCCUAUUUUAUUUUCAAGUGACCCAGGAUCCUUACCGAUGCCUAUCAUCGAUCGCAGCUUGACGUCGCGGACGUCGAGUCAUAGGACACUAGCGUCGUUGCCGUCGCGACGGGCCAGCAGUGCCCAAGGGUGCCGCGGAAUAGCCGUUUCCGCCUCCCGUGCAGGUGCGGCCCGCAACGCCGCCAUCUUGCUACUCUCUUCUUAUCAAUCCGAUCCCUAUCAACCACCACUUUACGAGUACAAAUUCGGCUCUCGCAGACCCAGUUUGACUUCAAUCCAUAGUGGAAACUCCAUCAAAAGUUACAGUCAAAGGAGAUACGAACGGGAGAGGGAACUGAAGGAGGAAAGGGAGAUGCAGAGGAGAUUAGCACGAAUGUCUUCAUCAGCUAACUCCAGCGGGAAAAUCGCCCCAACUCCCAGUCCCCACUCAACCGACGAUCUUCUCCCGACGUUAGAAGAAGACAAACAGGUGACCACUUUUACCACUAUACCCCAAAAUCGGUGUUUCAAUGUUGUGUGUUUUUCUAGAAGGAAUCGUCGUGGAUUGCCAUUGUUCCUCCUCUCGCUAUACAAGAAGAAUCGUCAUCGAGUUUCCACGAAGAAGUUCCAUCGACUUCGAAACAGUUCCCUUGAAAAACUCAGUGAAGUACCAAAACUCCAAGUCGCCAGGGCCUAUUUUGCAUUUUUUUGCGUUGUGGUUAUGUGUAAUGUGCUACAAGUAUACAACGUGGCGGACUAUGUGCAUUAUAUGUUACGAAUUAUCAAUUUUUAAAGCGUUAAAAUAGACUCAUAGGAUAAUAAACGUUGUUGUAAAAAACAACUUAAAGUUA